UUAGUUCGAAAAAAUAAAAUGCGUUCAAAUGCGGCGGUUUUCCUGCCAUUGUCACGCUUAAGCUGGUGUUGCACCUCUGCUACUGACGAUGGCGCUUGGAGUAGUUGUAGACAUUCAGUGAAGACAUGUGAGGGACUAGUUUAUCUACUGAUACUAUAGUAAACGCGAUAAUAUUGUUGGCAAGCUGCAACAUAACCCUGUCAUUCGAGCAAUUCUUUAAUUUUCUCAAUUUCCCCACAGUUGCAAAUAUGAUUAUCCUGAUCGUACCGCUUAAAGCCGUUCAAUAACAUGUUUAAAUAAAGUCCGGAUGUGAAUGGUGCUUAAAAUACGUCGGACAUCGAAACGUUUCUCGCUGGUUGUGACGAUUUAACUGUUGUUAGCGUAAUCAUGGCGGCGACCUCGUCACGGAUAGACGAACUCGUGCAAUCCGUCAGCUUGCACAAUCCACGCAAAUGGAUAUUCAACGGCUACAUCCUACCCUUCAUGAUGCUGCAGUCUCUGUGGAUUUAUUGUUGGAUCUUCAUUUACGGCAUUGACGAAUAUUAUGACGCGGGUCUCGUAGGCAUCGCAGCGAUCGGAAUGCUGCAGAUUUUUCUCUGUCUGUGCUGCCAAUGGUCCGUGCACAUUCACACGUUCUUAAAUUGCAGCUCGGAGAAAGAUCCGUACAAAGCCAAAAUAGUCAAAGUAGUACCUACUCCAAAUAAUGGAAGCUCAGAAUUGGUUGCACUACAUCACACAGAACAGCAGAAUUGGUUUAUUUUCCAAAAAACAAAAUACUAUUGGGAUCCGGAGAUAAAGUCUUUUAGAGGGUUGCAGUUCCCAAUCAAUCAUUCCGUAAAAUAUUAUUGUGGAUGGAAAGGGUACCUCGAUCAAGAUGAGGUCGAAGCGGCAGAAGAGAAAUAUGGGAAAAAUAAGUUGGAUAUGGUUGUGCCAGAAUUCUGGGAACUUUUUAAAGAGCGUGCUAUCGCUCCGUUUUUUGUCUUUCAAGUAUUCUGUGUGGCACUCUGGUGUUUAGAUAAGUAUUGGUAUUACAGUAUCUUCACACUAAUUAUGCUUAUCAUGUUUGAAUGUACACUGGUACAACAGCAAUUAAGAAAUAUGGCAGAGAUUCGUAAAAUGGGCAAUAAACCAUAUAUGAUAAUGGUAUACAGAAAUAGACGAUGGCGCUUAUUAUUUACGGAUCAACUAGUUCCUGGUGAUAUCGUUUCUAUUACAAGGUCUCAACACGAUAGUUUAGUGCCAUGUGAUAUGUUGCUUUUGCGAGGACCAUGCGUGGUCGAUGAGAGCAUGUUAACAGGUGAAUCUGUUCCUCAAAUGAAAGAGCCUGUGGAAGAUAUUGAUAAAGAUAGAAUUAUAGAUAUCGAAGCUGAUAAGCUUCACAUGCUUUUUGGCGGUACAAAAGUUGUGCAGCACACGCCACCUAGUAAAAAUACACCCGGCAUACGAGCGAGCGAUCAUGGAUGCGUUGCGUACGUGCUACGUACCGGCUUUUCCACGUCGCAAGGCAAACUUUUGAGAACGAUAUUGUUCGGCGUUAAACGCGUUACCGCCAACAACUUGGAGACUUUUGGUUUCAUUCUAUUUCUGCUUAUUUUCGCAAUCGCCGCUGCCGCGUAUGUGUGGAUCAAAGGCAGCGAAGAUCCUACGAGGAACAAAUACAAACUAUUUUUGGAAUGCACGUUAAUUUUGACCUCUGUUGUGCCACCAGAAUUGCCUAUAGAAUUGUCGCUAGCUGUAAAUACGUCUUUGCUAGCUCUAUCUAAAUUAGGUGUAUUUUGUACGGAACCGUUCAGAAUUCCUUUCGCCGGCAAAGUCGAUAUUUGUUGUUUUGACAAGACUGGUACACUCACCAGCGAUAAUCUAGUUGUCGAGGGUAUCGCGGGUGUCGAUGGCAAACCGGACGUGAUUGCACUGUCGAAUGCACCUUAUGAGAGUAUUCAGGUGCUCGCUACGUGUCAUUCCCUUGUUCAAUUAGACGACGGUAUCGUUGGGGACCCUCUGGAAAAGGCAACCCUCAAAGCUGUCGGCUGGAUUCUCACAAGAUACGAUUCAAUAAUUCCCGUUAAACGAGGCAAGAGUACGGUGAUGAAGAUUUUACAGAGACAUCAUUUCUCAUCGGCUUUAAAGAGAAUGUGCGUUGUGGUCGCGUAUGAUCUUCCCGGUUCAGAAAUGCAUUAUAUGGUGGCGGUGAAGGGCGCGCCAGAAACUCUAAAAACUAUGUUAUCUUCUGUACCGGAAAAUUACGACUCAAUUUACUUAUCUCUUUCGCGGCGCGGCGCAAGAGUGCUUGCUUUGGGAUAUCGUAAACUUAGCGGUAUCUCAUCUUCUCAAGACAUACGAGAAUUAAGUCGGGAAAAACUUGAGUGCGAUCUCACAUUCGCGGGAUUUGUCAUAAUUAGCUGUCCCCUCAAGCCCGACUCGAAAGCCGUAAUUAAAGAGAUUGUCAGUUCUUCACACUCGGUCGUAAUGAUAACUGGUGACAAUCCGUUGACGGCUUGUCACGUGAGUCGCGAAUUGCACUUCACGAAGAAACCGCAUACACUCAUAUUAACUGAAGAUGCUAAGGAAUGGUUGUGGGAGAGCAUAGACAAGACGAUACAAUUUCCUCUAAAUGUAAAGAAUAUCGAAUCACGCAAGCAAAUCUGGAAGGAUUAUGCGCUCUGCAUAACGGGAGAAGGUUUGUCGUAUCUGAGGGAAAAACAACGAGAGCUUCUUCGCAAGUUGCUGCCGCACGUCGUGAUUUUUGCGCGAUGCGCACCGAAACAGAAGGAAUUCAUCAUCGUAUCGCUGCAAGCUCUCGGCUAUACGACGUUGAUGUGCGGCGACGGCACGAACGAUGUCGGCGCUUUAAAACAUGCUCAAGUGGGCGUCGCAAUUCUCUCUAGUCCUCCCGAAAGACCAUCUUCCGACAAGCGGGAAGAUACGAGAAACGAUACCUCCCCCAUAGUCAACGGACCGAGGAGCAAUCAGAGAGCCGCACCGACGAGCAAUCGCGCGAAGCUGCAGAAGAUGCUGAAGGAAAUCGAUAACGAGGUGCAGGAACAAUCCGUGAUUGUGAAACUCGGCGAUGCUUCUAUCGCGGCCCCUUUUACCAGCAAAAUGUCGUCCAUCCAGUGCAUAUGCCACGUGAUCAAGCAGGGACGCUGUACUCUGGUCACCACUUUGCAGAUGUUCAAAAUACUGGCGCUAAAUGCACUCAUACUCGCUUACAGCCAGUCAGUGCUGUAUUUGGAUGGAAUCAAGUUCAGCGAUGCACAAGCGACCUUGCAAGGCAUCCUUCUAGCGGCCUGUUUUCUCUUCAUCUCUCGAUCCAAACCUCUGAAAACGUUGUCACAGCAGCGACCAUUGCCGAAUAUUUUCAAUCUAUACACCAUUGCAACUGUAUUACUGCAGUUUUCCGUACACUUCUUCUGUCUGGUGUUCUUGGUGAAAGAAGCCACUCUUUUAUCUCCGAAGGAUAAUAAGUUGGCAGCUAUUUUGAAUAAUUCCAGUGAAGUUAAUUCAUUGGCCAGGGAUGACAGCAGCGAGGAAGAACCCUUCGAGGCAAAUAUAAUUAAUAGCACUGUGUAUAUAAUCUCGAUGACCCUUCAGGUUUCUACUUUUGCUAUAAAUUAUCGAGGUCAGCCAUACAUGGAGAGUUUGAUGCAAAAUAAAGCUCUUUUGUUCAGUCUUAUAGGCAAUUCUGUCGUUAUUCUACUACUGGCUUGUGGAUUUCUGCCAGAUGUAGCGGCACAAUUCGAAAUUGUGGAUUUUCCAAGCCAAUUCCGUGCAGUACUGGUUCAAGUAUUAAUCGCGAAUUUCAUCCUCGUCUAUGUAGCUGACAGAGCUUGUCUAUGGCUCUUUGGCGAAGGAAAACAACAUAAGCUGUGAUGAAACUACCUUUUAUCAAUUACAGACUGUAUCAAAGAUUUUUGUAUGUAACUUUUGUUACUGGUCUUGUUCCAAGUUAAGAGUUGACGACUUUUAUAGUUAAGAAUCGAUGAUGUACCUCCCCAGAUACACAUUGCGAAUCAUUAUGCAACAAUAUUUUGCAUUUUAUGUUGACAUAUUUUUGUCUCUACUCAUUUGUUGUAUAUGUAAAUAUAAUGUGAAAAUAUAAACAUGUACAUCUCUCAUUCAGUCCUUAUUCGCUUGAUUGUUUGUAUACAUUUUGAUGUCAACUUCUUUCCUGUGGAACAAGAAGCAGGGCUCGUGCGAUCAUUAUUCAUUGUCGAUGAAGGUUGAAUAAUAUUCGACAAUUCUUGUCAAGUCAGUAUUGUCUUUACAAAAUGUAUCUUUAUUGACAAUAGGAAAAAUAUUUUGAUCGCAUCACACCAUUUUAUCAUCAAAAUUAUUGAUAAUUUUUCAUUUUUUUCUAUUUUUUCGUUUAAUAUAUUUAUCAAUUUUAACAACGAACAUAGAUCAGGGUAUGCUCAAGAAAAGACGCGCGUGUAUAUAGAGCAAAGAUAAGCGAGACAAAUGUUAGAACGGUGAAUGAUAAGUCGAAAAGUCACUUAUCUUACUUUUAUUUCUGAUUCUUUGUCCUCUCAGUUUUCUUUAAGUUAAGAAUUUUUAACUUUCCUUAAUGUGAUUGAUUUCGUAUCAGGAGAGCCGUGCAUUGAAAUCGUUCAAUUCUAUUUUUUUUUAAUAUACAAUACAGCACUCUCAAUUGCGCAGAUAAUUUUUUAAUUAUCUACUUAAUCUCUGUGUGUUUAUAUAUCUAUAAGUGCAUUCCACAUCGAUCAAGUGUUAUCGAUAUUUUCGCGGCAUAUAUCUCUUUUGUUUCCCGAUUUUUGUUAUGAGUGUGAUCAGCAAUUAAUUUUGAUUGUUUCCUGUCACAUAAUUAGAUCUGUAGUUGUAAAAGACAUUUGUUUAUUCGUAUUAUAAGUCGUGAAUUUUUAAGGAUAGUUGUAUAUUAUUGUACACAUUUAUAAUAAUGAAUAAAAGAAUAACAGCUAGAA